GUCCUGUCCGUUUCCGCAGUUCCGUCGCUUCGUCCGACGCCACCGGUUAGCAGCACAACGAACACACUCGGCGCACACGUUUACCUGAGAAAAUUUUUCAAACAAAAACUUAAUAAUAUUAAUUUUUUUUUUUUUCUAAAGAAAAUUUCGAAAAAACGUAGUUUUUUUUUUUUUUUUUGCAAUCGAUCUACUCAAACACUACCUAUUUGUUUUUCUCUAUUUUUUAACGUUUUCACAUUAAACUAUUACGUUCGACGGUCGCGGACGGGAUCACCCGAAAGCAGCCGAAAAAAAAAACAAUGAAAACGGCCGUCGUCAGACGGCGCCGCCGGCUAUCGUUUACUACGCCGGUGACGCUGUCCUUUGCCGUCGUCGUCGCGGCCGUCGCCGCUUGUCGCGUCGGCGGAGCUUUCGGCAUCACCACCACCAAACUGCUGCAGUCCGCCAUCGGGCAUCACCAUCAAAACGACAGUGGCGAUACUCACCAGGACCGCCACGUGCAAUUUGUCGUCAGUCCCGUGGCAUCGUCCCGCGAACACAACGUCGGCCCGUCUUUAUCGCCAGCACAACAAAAACAUAUACUGGAAGACAUCCGGAAUCGUCAGCAAGAAGACGUCGACAACAAUGCCGGAAGUAAGGAAGACUCGAGCGCGGAACAGUCUUCGUACGAGAACGCCGUUACCGUCGAUCAUUCCAGGCAAAGGUCUAUGUCGUACGUGACGACCGGUGCGAGCAACGUGCACCACCAACACGGGAUAGCCGACUUACCCAGAUACCAACAACACGAGUCCCUCAUCAACAACAACAACAACAACAACUAUUACCCCACGAACAGGAACGGCGGACCCGACACCGUCGGACUGCUUUCGCCGCCUCCGCCUCCUCCGCCUCCUGCUUUCCAAGCACUUCCGCCGACGCCAGACUAUUCGGCCAACAGGCGGCGCAUCGCCAGCGGAGGAAACAAUCAAAAGUAUCAACAACAACAACAACAGUACCAACAACAACAACUUCCCAGCCUCCAAGCGCUGCCUCCGCCGUCCGAUUUGAACGGUCACGCCGGACACUACAUACAGCCCAAGCAGGAAGCCAACGACAAUUUCUUCUACAGACCCGACGCAACUCACAACGUCGGCCAAGACGUUUAUCAAAGCGCUGCGCCGUCGCCGUCGACAGUAGCCAAUCAAUAUCCGUAUUUCGGCGGCAACCAGCCGUCGCCGUCGCCGCCGCCGCCCACUGUGUUCCCGUUCAAACCGUCGCCGGCGCUCGACCCGGAACCGCCGCGGGAACCGAGCAACGACGACAGCGAAAUCGAACAGCAGAUACGCCAACAGCUGCAGUCGAGCGUGCCGACCUCGUCGUCCGGGUCCGUGUCGUCGUCGGCCAUCAACAACCUGUUGAAAAAGCAUAAUCCAAACACCCGGUUCACGAUUCUGAACGCCCCGGACGACUUCAACAUGGCCAACCUGUCGGCGCUGCCCGGCCUGCCGGCCGACCUGUUGGCCGGGUCGUCGGGCCAAAGCGAAUUCGUCCAGGUGGGCGCCAACGGGCAGCAGCUCAUCCAGUUGCCGCCGGGAAUCGACGUGUCCAGCAUACCGGGUCUGAGCAACGCCAUAAAGAGCAUAUCGGCGGGCGCCGACGGCAAGACGUCCAACACGGCCGCCGUGAAGACCGUCGUGAUCCGACAAAAGCCGACGCCGAGCAACUCCACGGCCACGACCACCACGACGACGACAACGGCGAAACCGCCCAGCGUCGUUCUGGAAGAGCUCACCCGGAACGUGCUGCCUCCCGGCGCCGACUACCAGGUGAUCCGGCACGAUCCCGAAAUGGGUCUCCUGGAACAAGUGCAACUGGACGCCCAGAACAAGUUCGGCUCGGCGCCCGGCUCGGCGCCGUCGUCCAACAAGAAGGUGACUUUCGUGAUCCUGGAAGAGCGGCCGGACGGCACGGUCCGCGUGCAAGGCGUACGAGACAACAGCGGAGGCAGUAGCGGCGGUGUCUCGGGAUCCGCCGGUGUCGCAGGCGACAGCUCGGCGUCGGCUUCGUCGUCCACGUCGUCCGAGUUGAACACGAUCAUCGACAAGCUCAACAGGGGCGAGCUCAAGUUGCCGCCCAGCAGCAUUUCGAACAGCCCGAAAAAGUCUACCGCGAGCAAGUUCCCGGCCAUCCUAAAGCCGGCGUCGACCACCGCGACAAAGGCAGCCGCCACUUCGACCACACUGGCUCCCGUGCCGACGCCGCUUUUGGUGGACCGGUUCAACGACCACGACACCUACGCUCAGUUGAGGCCGUCGUCCGUGUACAAGGGAACGACGUCGUCCCAAUCGGGAUCCACCUCGAUCAAUCACCAGAUCAACACCGGCAAGAAGAAACCCUCAGACUAUUUUGGCGAAUACUCGGACGACUUGGACUUUGUGAAACCUUCGGCAGGCGAUCCGGACAAACGGCAACCGAACAGCGACGUUUUCUUGCCGACCGCCAUCACCGCGGUCAACUCGGCCACCACUGCCGGCAAACCCCAGCACUACACGCCCACCAGCACGUCCAGGCCCAGCACGGUGUCCUGGAGUAAACCGUUGGGCAACAUCAAGAACACCGUCAACUCGUUCCCGUCGCUGGACAUCUUCAAACAGACUUCCAAUUCGCACGAACCGCCGUUCGCGCUCGACGACAGUUUCGGCGGCUACAAACAAAACGACGAAGCCGACGGAUUCCAAACGGAGACCAACAACAACGCCGGCCAGCCGUCGUUCACGUCUCAACAGUCUUCUCUUUAUCCUUCGACGCUCAGCAGUGUCUUGAAGAACAGAGGAUUCUACGCCAUGGCCAAGUUUCUCAGACAGUCUGGCUUGGACUCGAUCCUGAACGACACCAUGGGACCUUUUACCAUAUUCGUGCCUACAGACAAAGCAUUCCGUUCACUGUUAGUACAAUUGGGCGGACCCGACAAAGCGGACGAAAAAUUUAGAGAGAACCCGCGACUGUUGAUCGGGCUCCUUUUGCACCACGUCAUACCCGGAGCUUUCUCUUUGAAAUCGCUGCAAGACGAAAUGACCGGCGUCAGCUUGGCCGGCACUCAACUUCGAGUCAACACUUACACCACACAAGACGUGGAAUGGAACGACAUAAAGGUGAUCACCAUUAACGGGGCACGCGUUUUGGACGACAAAAAAGACAUUAUCAUCAACUAUCCACCUUCCGGGUCGACCGCUUCAUCCCACGGCGCAUACAGCAUGGCACACGCUAUAGACAGGGUGCUGUUCCCCUUGCCGGUGGGCGACUUGUUACAAACUUUACAGUCGGACCGGGACCAGAGGUACAUGGAGUUCCUGAAACUGGUCCGGUACUCCGGCAUGGCUUCGGUGUUAUCAGGGUCCAAAACUCACACGUUGUUCGCUCCUAUCAACCGAGCAUUUUUGGGCAACAGCAACGCGUCCAGACUGUUGGAACGGAUCGAAUCCUCUUCGGCGCCACAAGACCAGGAAGAAGAAUCCGUAGCCGACGAAGCAAAGGCUUUGGUCAUGAGGCACAUGGUACCCAACGCGGCACUGUACACGGCUGGCAUGAAGUUCUAUCAAGUCAAAGAGAGUCUACAGAAAAACUCGGCAACGCCUUCGGUUCAGCUGACGAUUUACAAAGACGCGGGUAGAGUCAGGGUGAACUCGGCCAACAUCAUAGCGCGAAACAUACCCGCCACAAACGGAGUGAUACAUGCCAUCGACUCCUUGUUAUAAGACUCUAGACUUGGGGAAAAAAAAGGUACAUGUUUGUGUAUUUACUCGUCAUAUUACCAAAUUUUAUAAAAAAAAAACCCCCCCUUCCAACCUCCAACAACUGUCCUUAAAUCCUUAAUAAAAUUGUUUUUUUUAUUAUUAUAAGUAUGAAUAUUUAUUUUUGAUAAUUUAAUUUUUUGCUUUAAAGUGUUUUUUUAUAUAUACAUAUAUAUAUAUAUUAGAUUAUCUACCUAUUAUAAAUUUGAUUAGUAGAACAGGUUUGUUUUA